AUGGCCGACACUAACGUGCGUUGGAAAAAUGUGACGUCAACGAAAACGCUCUAUCCAGGACACCUAGAGCAACGCGGUACGGAGGAUCAACGUUUAGCUGAUCGUAAGCAGUUUGUCCCAGAUGCUAUCACGGUUGGCGAGAUGGCGUCAGAGCUUUGUGAUUUGGCUCGGCGUUUUCCAGACCGAAGGGAUUCUCUUCAUCGACUAGGCGAAAGCUUAAAGAUGUAUAGAGACGCAGCAGUGCAGCAAGACGACGGCUGCUUGCGAAUAGCAAAGGUGUCGAUGGAAGAGGCCGUUACUCAACCUAGUGAUCAUCAAAUCGAAGAUGCAUUUUCGAUUGUGCAGCAGAUUGCUCGUUCGUACAUUUACGCCUGUCUAGGAUUUAUGUAUGGAACGGGACAAGGUGGUUUCACCGACACAAACAAAGCGUUUGAAUUCUACCAGCUCGCAGCUAAAACGGGUGUAGGCGAGGCACAGUGCAGUCUUGGUGAAAUGUAUUACUAUGGCGUUAACGACAAUAUCUUGAAGAAUCUACGAAGUGCCCAUGUUUGGUUUGAUCGCGCUAUGGCGGAUGAAGUGAGUUAUGAAUCAAACGUUGUGAACAGUGCCAUGAAUUGGCUUAAACGAAAACCAAUGAUGUAUCUUAAGUGUAAACCUUCUUACCAACUUCACGCAACAAAACAGCUUGCACGAAUGAGUCUUCAUGAAGUAGACGACACUUCAGAGAAUCAUAGGGCAGACCUGUACAGUGGUAUUCGACUUUUGUCAGUGGCUGCUGUAGGUGGAUGUGCUGAGGCGCAGCUGUGGCUUGCAUCUUAUUUCUUGGUGGGGUUGGACGAUUUCUGUGAUCGGCGAAAAGCUCUCUUCUGGUUAAGAAAGUCUUGCAAAUCCAACGAUACUGCAAAACAGAUACUGAAAUACUGUGUAACAGGACGUGAAGAAGAUGCAGCAGAUAGAGCUCGUCAAAUUCUAGAAGAUACAGACCUUCCUAUUCCUUCUACUUUGUCUAUAGAGUCGUUUGUAGUACGAGUACUCGGUGAGCUGUCUUACGACUCUCAGCGCUUUUUCAAAGAGCGUUCAUCCAGGAUAGCACCGCUGGCCGUCCCGGCGUCGGUACUGUUGGAAUUUCCGCAAUCGCCGACGUGUCAAAGAUUACUUGGUGCGUGUGAUUUAGUGGGAAAAGGCAAUAGUAUUCCCGAUAGUUCCAACCUAGAGGACAAGAGACGAUACCUGCAGUAUAUUGUCGACGCCUAUCUUAUGUGUCCGCUUGUCUUGCAGUUUGUACCUAUUUACCUCCCUAGGGUUAGUAGUGCUUGUGAUGAUAUUGAAAAGAACUUUCCAUCUGUUUGUGAAGAUGCGCUGAUAGGAAGAGUCAUUACCAGGUCAACUGCAAUUAGUUCGGAACACACACAGGAAGGCAUUGAUCUCUUGUUAGAAGCUAUUCGACUGAUGAAAUUUCGAAACCUGAGCGAUGAAUCGAGUCAGCUCAAGCUAGCUCGUUUGCAUUGUCUAGCUGGAGACAGGCAAUGUUUGAGCGGUCACUAUGUUAGCGCUCUAGACCAUUAUAGUCAAGCUGAAGAGAUGGGAACGGAAGACAUCGCAGCUGUUCUGAAUGGCCAGGCAUUUUGUCACAGUGCUAGUCGCGAUCGGUUGGAACAAGCCAAAAACCUCUACUUACAAUACUUUAGAAAGGCGCCCAAAUGCGAUGCCGCCUUUGCUCGCAAUUGUUAUUUUAUUGCUUCAGUGUCGUACCUAUUGCAAAACUAUCAGGAUUUCUGUUAUUAUUACGAGCAAGGAAUAGAACAUGAGAUGGACAGAUUGCCGUUCCAAGCAGCGGUAAAUACUCAGGCUAAACGCUGCCUUUUUGGCUUCUAUUUAGCAGCUGAUACAACAGAAAUGUCAUUUUGUAAUAACUGUUUUAGAAUCGAAACGUCAAAUUUGAUAUCAACAUGUUCCAGUUGCAGUUCAGUUGUCCCUUGUCAGUUGGCCGGUGAUAGCACUUACGAAAAGAUCGCAAAACAUUUGCUAAAAGUAACAUCAAAGCUCCAUAAUUCUGAAGGAGUAAAAAUUUCUCCCGUUGUCGAUUCUGUAAGCAAAGUAAUGAAUGUUUUGAAAUUCAUUGAAGAGAAGUUCUGCAGAGUGAACAAAUUAAUAGAAAUGACUAAAAACGUCUCCGAUUAUUGUGACCGUGCUUCCGCGAGCUUAAGUUUGAAACAACUUGCAAUUUCUGAUGCGGGUACAAUCGCAAACAAAUUCUUUGACACGGAAAGCGGACAAACUGCGGUCCCGAAAGCUGAGGAAGCUCAAGCAGAAUUGUUUCGAGGAAGCGUAACUCAUGCAGUAAAAGAAGGAGCAGCAGCAACUUUAUUUGCAGCAAAUUUGCGCAAUCCUCCGCACAAUGCAUUGAAAGAAGUUCUCUCGACAGCAAAAGACAUCGCCCUCGGAGACGACCUUUCAAACGAGAUUAUUGGUUCUACUACGUUUGCUGAAUCAGGAGCAAGUGGCAGAGUGGCCAUUUUUGUCACAUAUGAAAACGAACAAGAUAACAAGGAUUUGUUCUAUGCUCCUGCUCGUAACAAGUCGUUUACCGGUCGCAUUGACAUUCUCGAGAAAUUGUGGGAAUCUCUGCACUCUAAGGAAGGGAUCGCUGAGGAGUCAAGAAGAAGAGGUGAAGUCGGUUGUGGUUUGUCUGCAAUAUCAGGUUUGGGUGGGACUGGCAAAACGAGCGUUGCCGUCGAGUAUGUAUGGAUACAUAAAGAGUAUUACUCUGGCGGUUGUUAUUGGUUGUCUGUAGACGAUCUAGAAGGAAGUAUUAGCGAUUUGGCGUGUUACAUUGGCGCGCACAAGUCGGUCACCUUUGACGGAUCCUCGACCGUAAGAUAUCAGCUUAGCGGCAUUAUGUCAUAUCUUCUUGCUCUUAAACGUCCGUGGUUAUUGAUAUUAGACAACAUGGACCUAACAGAAUUGAGCUCUCAUCCUUUAUUGGAGACAAUCGUGUUGGGACCAUGGAGACAAUCGAACGAUUAUGGUAAUCUUAUGGUCACGUCUCGAUGCAAUGCCGACGUUUUGAGCGAAAUUUUCCAUAUUGACAAACAAACGUCAAUACACGUUUUGCAUGAAUUUAUGGAAAGCGAGUCAAUAGCGUUUUUAGAACAAAGAACAUCGAGCGUCAAGAACGAGAUCGAAUUCUCCAAAGACCGAGCAGCCAUUCUGGCUCGUCAAGUCGGUCAUUUACCGCUCGCACUCGAACAAGUAGCAGCUUAUCUCAUCGUCACGCGCUGCUCGCUCGACGACUACGUUUCUACGUAUAAAAAGCAACGUUCAAAGUUACUGAAAAGACGAAAGAUUGCAAAACCGUCGGGACAGGACAAAGCGUCGAAUUACCGUUUAGCCGUUCAUACGACUUGGAAGAUAAACUUUGAUCGCAUCAAGAGGCACGAAGAGUUCGGUCAAUGUGCCGACUCGUUCGUUCGUAUGUGCGCCUUUCUUGCUCCAGACAAGAUCCCGUAUAUCCUUAUCAAAGCGACCGACGAGCAACUUUUCCAGACCGACUCGACGGCGUUGCGUUCGAUUAUCGGUCUCUUGACUGAAUUGUCUUUAUUUCGUGAAGAAUAUGAGAAAAAAGGAUUAAGUGUUCAUCGAUUAGUACAAGAAGUACUGCAGGAAUGUAUCAAAGUAAGCGGAUGUGAAGAACUUCACGCGACGUUUGAGUCUGCUGUUAAUGCCGUUAGUUUGUGUUUGCAACGAUGCAAGAAACCGAACUUAAUGGAAUAUUGUUUGAGAGAAAGAGUAGGGGAAGACGAACAGUGGGGAAUUCUAUCAUCUCACGCCUUCGUUUUACAAGAACAUAUAUUCUCUAACGCUCCAUUACUCGGUCCAUCAUUCCAUCGUCUCGUGUGCUACAACGUAGCAGUUUUGUUGGAUAACGCUUCUAUUUACUGUAACUGCAUUGGACGGUUAUCCGUUGCUAAAUUGCUCGAUCGUCAGAAGCUUCGUCUGCUCGACACGAUGGACGAUAGAUUGAAUAAAGAUGACGUCAUAAGGUUGACAUCUACUAUUAUACCGUUACCGUUAAAAGUUCAACAGAAUGUAAGACGAGCGAUACGAGACGAAACGAUGAGUGGAAUAAAAUUACAAACGGUCGGUGAUAUAUCGUCGAAACGUAAAGAUGGCGACGUCGCGACGGUCAAGUCUAGUCGCGAGGUCCGGAAAGACUUGAUCAAAAUUUUACGAACUUGCGAUCGUCACGUCGCCGAGGAAGUGGCGAAUAAACUGUCGAGCGAAUUGUCGAGUCUGUCGUCGACGUGUAGAAAGAACACGAUGGAGGAAAGAUAUUCGCUCGUGAGCUGUAGAGCACGAGCCUAUCUGCAGUCUGGCAAGUUGGAUGGAUGUUAUCAAGAUGCGACCGAAUGCAUCAAGUUAUUACCCGCUCGUUGCGACGGAUACGAGAUUUUAUCUCAACUGUUUGCACUCAUCCAAUGCUCGUCGUUACCUUUAGCUCGUUGUGUGGCGGCAGUUACAAUGCACUUGAAUGCCGAAUCUUGUCGAAUGAAGUGGUUUAAGCAAGCCUACCCGAACGUUCCAUCCGUUAAGAUAACGACGCAGGAAAACCUUUCCUCGAUCUUGAAUGAUCAAAAACGUUAUCGAGGAUUUACUGUACUUGUAGAUAACAAGCAAAUAACCGACAACGUUAUUGUUGUAACGGAGAAUAUCAACUUUGUUGGUUUGCAACAAUGUAGAAUGGAUAUAGACAAAGGAAUAUUUAUUCAAAGUUAUUCCUGUUGGGUAAAUUUUCAAAUGUUUAUGAGAAACGGAUGUUUUGGCGUUCCUUUCGAGGCACAUGCUUCUCUUCUGCACUGCCGCCUUACCUCUACUCGAGCUGGUUAUUCUACUAUAUCAGUGGAUGGUGGGUCGGUGUAUUUGGACAGAUGUCACAUUGCUGACAGUGACGCGGGAGGAUUGAAUGUCUGUUGCACCGAUCGAAGAGGUCCAGCUACGGCUGCCGUGUGUUCUUGUCUUGUCAAAGGCAACAAAGCAGCGGGACUAGAAGCUAAAUAUGGAGGUUGUCUUAUGUCUAUAGGCAACACAGUAUGUGAAAAUGGCGUCGGAUAUUUGUUGGGACCGCUUCCAGGCGAUUGUCUCCUUCAAUCUAACAUCGUUUUUAUGAAUGGUCAAGGAAUCGAGGUUUCUCACACAAGCAAUUCAAAACCAUUAGUUAGUAAUGAUAAAGUACGAGACUAUAUUGAGUCAAUGCCAUGUCAGCCAGAGUCUGUUCCCGGUGUCGUGAUCGAAAGAAACGAGUUGUGUGAGAAUUCAACGUACGGAAUCUAUUUGUUAUCUGUUACAUCUCGAUGUGGAGUCGUGUCGGUUAGGAAAAAUCUGAUUAAUGGUAACAUGUACUGGGGAUUUGGAUCACUUGACUGUUGCGAUCCGCAUCCCAACGUUGGUGCCGUUGUGACCGAAAACACAAUUCGUAGUAAUAAGUGUGGGGGAGUGAGAAUAAGAUUUAGUGGCAUCUCUUCUCACAGAAUUACAGAUAAUGUAAUAGAAAACAACUUAUUGGCAUUCAACAAAUUUGAACUGUCUGAAAGCGUUCUAGGGACUUACAAGAGUGGCAACAUUGUCAAGAACAACAAGAAGACACUUCACUAUCCUCAGUCUGAAAGUCUGUGGCAGAAGAAUAGUUGCUCACAUUGCCAUACUAUACUAAGACAAGGAAAGCGAAGCAUUCAAUGCCAACGGUGUUAUGCUUCCAACUAUUGCUGUAGACCUUGUCUUGAGAAACAUUUAGAAAGACACACGUUGUUGUGCGAAAUUAUUAGACGUCGUUACAGCGAUACAACUUCUCCGUCGACGUUGGCACCAAGUGAAACGGUUGUGGUGACAACAAGUAUGAACCCUAGACACAAGCGAGGACCUUCGUUCGCUCCAGUACCCCAAAUUGGAGGCUCUCGAUUUGUUGUGAAGCUACAAACGUGCGAAGAGUCCGAGACGUCUUCGUCACCUAUUACAAUCUAUGAUCAAACUCACACUAUAUAUACUGAGAUUGUGAAUACCCAGUUGUAUGACUUGAUUAUGAAUUGUGGUGUGGUCGGAGAAAUCUGCGGUACAUCCAAGAAAGUUUUCAGCUGGGCAGUCUUUGAAGAUAUAGAAAACGUUCGAAUUUUUUUCCACGAACUUGCUCCUUACACAGACGAAUGGUAGCCGUCAAUGUAAAGACAUUUUUAGUCGUAGCGAUGGAUUGUUGCAUUCCAAUUUCUGAGCCUGUUUAUAGUUAACUUGUGCAUGUCAAAUUGAGAGUUUAGCUUUACAUAUAGCUAACAUGCGUAGCCUCGUAGCAAGUUAUAUGUAGUUGGCGUUACUAGAGGUAUUGUCAUAUUGUUUUCUGUUUUGCUAUUGAUAGUGCUGAAACAAUAACAGACUGACAAUAA